GGCGGAGGGGGCGGUGCAGCUGGCUUUUUGUAUGCCACAGGCAAGACACAACCGGAAAUUAGCAAAAGGAAACCUCUCGAAGGGGACUUCAAUUCCUUUUUGUGAGCGCCGACUAAAAGAUUUGUAAUCAUGGUGAAGAUUUUCGUGGGAAAUCUACCCAGAGCGACAAACGAGGAUGAGAUCAAGGCACUCUUUACCGAGUAUGGCACUGUGACAGAAUGUGCCAUCAUCAAAAACUUUGCCUUCGUCCACAUGGACGACCGCAAGGCUGCCACCAAAGCCAUCAAGAAUCUGCACCUCUACAAGCUGCACGGCACGCCAAUCAACGUGGAGGCCAGUCACGGAAAGAACCAGGGCUCAGUCAAACUGCAUGUAGCAAAUGUAGAGAAAGGAUCUGAUGAUGAGCUGCGUGCUUUGUUCGAGGAGUACGGCACGGUCACGGAGUGUGCUGUUGUUAAGAAUUUUGCUUUUGUACACAUGUCCAACUCUGACGAGGCCAUGGAUGCCAUCAAGGGACUGGACAACACAGAAUUUCAAGGCAAACGCAUCCAUGUCCAGAUUUCCAAGAGUCGUCCCAGACAUGAAGAACGGGAUGAUUACCCCCCUCCUCCCCCAGACAGGGGUGGCUAUUGGCCCCCACGCUAUCCAGGAGAGUGGCCCGAGCCUCCUCCACCUGGCUACAUGAGGGGUCGUCUUAGCCACAUACCCCCAGGUUACCCUGCCCCUCCUCUGCCUCCCCCUCCCCCUAGACGAGCAGUUUAUCCAGAUCGCCCUUACGAUGCUGAGAGGGACAGAUAUGGCGUGGUAGAUUACUAUGAGAAGUAUCGAGCCCGUCCGUAUGGCAUGGCCACCUACGACGACCAGCGUCCCGGCGUGCCUCCUCCUCCCCCUCCCCCGUCAGCCGUCGUCCGAGACCGUCUUCCGAACUCGUCGCUCGACCCAUAUGAGCGUCGGCCCCUUCCUCCACCUCCUCCGUCCUCAUACUACGCCCGAGAUCGAAGUCCGCUUAGGAGACCGCCUACCACACCAGUGCCCCCUGCCAGUAACGGCUACUCCUAUGAUCGCUCCGCAUACGGAGUUCCACGUGCAAGGGACCCCUACGCAGAUCGGCUGCCUCCGCCACCGCCUGCACGCUACGCUUAUUAAGCAAGGGCGGCGCAUUUUGAAGGAUUGUCGUCCGACUGCGUCGCCGCUCGGCGCCUCCUGAUGCACGUGACUCUAUCCUCUCCCUGUCAGUGGCUGAGCGCGUAACGUUCCCCUGCGAUGCUGACAGGAGGAACCGAAUAGCCGACGUCCACGUCUCUUUCUGUUUUUAUUACUUUGAGGCAAUUUUUACACUCGUAUUUUUCCUCCUGGUUGUUUUAAUAUGUAAUUGUGCUGUAGUACUUUUACUGCUUGCCGUCUGGAGUAGGUGUUUAUUUUUUAUUUUAUUUUUUUUUGUACUUUUUCGUUUGAGUAAUACUGAUGUUGUUUGUGACCUUAGAGAAGCUGAAUGAGUUCAGCAACAGUUUCUAGGCGAUACUUGUGACUGUAGAUUUAACUGAACUUAACUUUGUUUGGUAUAAAAUCUAAUCUGCACGUUGACUCCAUCAUGUAAAACUUUUACACCGCACAACAAACCGCUGUGAAAAACUUAAACUGCUCAAAUGUAGGAGUUCGAUGCAUGCAGGAAGUAACUGUUAACUUACAGAAAAUAAAUGUCAAUCGGAAGCCUCCUCAGAGCGUUUAUAUGUGCAUUGUCAAACACUUCUAAUUAACCUGAUUCAAAUAUUGUUGUAGGGUCACCGGAAAUAUCAUUAUUUUAAAAGUUAUCCGUUUGUUAGCGAUGAAAUACCGUGAGACAAGCUUGUUAAAAUCGUCACGCUGAUUAAAAAAACACGCCCAAACUUUCCUCACUGGUCUUGUCUGAAAUGCUGCAGCUUUUAUUCCUCAGCAGGGCGUCUGACGUCUUUCCUCAGUGCCAAAGUUGAAGGCAAGUAAAGAAAAGCUAGCGCUCUCUAAACCUACUGAACCCACACUGGUUUUGAUAGGUGUGACUGGUUUACCUUGAGUCAUAUUGGGGAGGGGGAGGGGGGUAUUACCUCAACAACUUCUGGACACCUUCGCAGUGAAAAGGUAAGUGACAGGUUACUGGAUUGGAAAGAAUGCUGAUGUAGUGCUGAAACACAUUCCACAUUUGUAUGAUUCUUUUAGGUGAAUUAUUACUUUCAUUCAAUAGUUUUUUGUAGUAGCCAGAAAAAAGUUGGGGAUUUCUUUAGGCUCUUUAUGCCAAAAAAAGUCCUGAAAGUACCAAAGGUAGAUACAGGGAACAUGAAUAAGAGAAAACCAUCAGGUGUGGUCAGUUAUUUAGUGAUGGAAUGAUCCACUCUUACGCAUCUUUUGGGGAAAAACAUCAUCAUGCUGGAAAAUCUUACACAAAUGUCUUAAGCUAGAUUGAACAGGUGAAGGAAAGUUGAGAACAAACGUUAACUCAGUUUGGUUUUGUGGAGUCUGUUAAGGCCCUUGUGCUUCUCUGAAGGUUAAAUGAACUUCCACUGUCAUCUGUGGUUUCUAUAGCUAUCCGGUGUGUGUAAUAGUUUCACCACUUUGUGAAAACAUGGCUUGUGAGUGUAAUUGUUGGUUAGUACGCCUGCUUCAGUGUAGACCACAGGCGUUGAACUCCAGGCCUUGAGGGCGGCAGAUUUAAAUGGCUAAAUUACCUCUUCAAAAUGUCAGGUAUGUUGACCCAAGAUGUUAUCUAAAAUCUGCAGGACACUGGUCCUCGAGGCCUGGAGUUCGACACCCAUGGUGUAGACCGUUUAGGGCAGGGGUCUCAAACUCCAGGCCUCGAGGGCCAGUAUCCUGCUUGUUUGUGAGAUAUCCCUGCACUACCUGCUGUUGAUUACCUGGAUCAGGUGUGCUUUGCCAAUACGAAGCUACAAGGGCUGGUUAGUUUGAAAAGAAGCAGGAUCGUGGCCCUCGAGGUCUGGAGUUCGACACCUGUGGUUUAGGGAUUCGUAACCCACUUCCACUUAGGUAGUAUGGAUCAGCACUCAGUAUAUCUCACCCUCCACUCCAAUGAGUAAACAGUGCUAGUGUGGAUUUGGGCCAUGGGCCGGCAGUUGAAAGAACGGGUCAUUUUUAAGUAAUCAGACAUCUGUCACAUUCUCUAAUGUUGAAUCACAGCAUGGAGAAGAACUCGACUGUCGUCUGCCUGUCUGCAGUUUGCUAAUGAUGAUAGGGACAAGUGAGAGGGCAGCUGGGGCAGGGGAUAGUGGGGUUAAAUAAGAACAGUGGUGCUUUGGUUUGUGUCAUUCCAUCGCUCAUAGAUGGCUAAUACUGGAUCACUUAUUUAUUUGGGUUCUCUCCAUCUAUUUUAGGGAAAUCUGAGGUUCAGAGGUGUUAGCAAAACUGUCCGGCUGUUCUUUAUGUACACUGUACAGACUGUGAGCGGUACGCUUUGCUGCUGACAGAUUGGAUGCCAGCUGUAGGGUUUCAAAUGCAUCUGAGUUUUAAAAAAAUGAUGGCAGCUUUUAGGGAAAGUCGAGGUCUUUUUAAAAUUGGAAAUUUGAAUAAUUUAUUUUUACAGUUUUUUCUUUUUGAUUGAAUGAACGUGAAGGAUUUACCACAGAACACUACAUUUGGACUUGAAGAUGUGAUAUUUCUAUAUAUGAUAAAUAUAGAUUUUAAACCCUUGUAAACAUGAAGUUGGUUAAGUGUGUGGGAAUUUCACAGUAAUAAUUUCUUUAAU